CGAGUAUAGAGAGAUGGAUGAGAGUCUUGCAAACCUAUCAGAAGAUGAGUAUUAUUCUGAAGAAGAGAGAAAUGCUAAAGCUGAGAAAGAGAAAAAGCUACCCCCACCACCUCCACCAGCUCCUGCAGAAGAAGAGAAUGAAAGUGAGCCAGAGGAGCCGUCUGGGCAAGCAGGAGGACUUCAAGACGACAGUUCUGGAGGGUAUGGAGACGGCCAAGCAUCAGGUGUGGAGGGUGCAGCUUUCCAGAGCAGACUUCCACAUGACCGUAUGACAUCCCAAGAAGCUGCCUGCUUCCCUGAUAUAAUCAGUGGGCCCCAGCAGACUCAGAAGGUGUUUCUGUACAUCAGGAACCGCACCCUGCAGCUCUGGUUGGAUAACCCAAAGAUUCAGCUGACAUUUGAAGCAACUAUCCAACAAUUAGAAGCACCUUAUAAUAGUGACACAGUGCUCGUUCACAGGGUUCACAGCUACCUGGAGCGUCAUGGGCUGAUCAACUUUGGCAUCUACAAAAGAGUGAAGCCCCUCCCAACCAAGAAGACAGGAAAGGUGAUCAUUAUUGGUUCUGGAGUCUCUGGGUUGGCAGCAGCUCGCCAGUUGCAGAGUUUUGGAAUGGAUGUCACAGUUCUGGAAGCCAGAGACCGAGUAGGAGGAAGAGUUGCCACCUUUCGCAAAGGGAAUUACGUUGCUGAUCUGGGAGCAAUGGUGGUAACAGGACUUGGAGGAAAUCCCAUGGCUGUGGUUAGCAAACAAGUAAAUAUGGAAUUGGCAAAGAUCAAACAAAAAUGUCCACUUUAUGAAGCCAAUGGACAAGCUGUUCCCAAAGAGAAAGAUGAAAUGGUGGAGCAAGAAUUUAAUCGUCUGCUGGAAGCCACAUCCUAUCUUAGUCAUCAGCUGGAUUUUAAUGUUCUCAAUAAUAAGCCUGUCUCCCUAGGUCAGGCUCUGGAGGUUGUCAUACAAUUGCAGGAGAAACAUGUGAAGGAUGAGCAGAUUGAGCACUGGAAAAAAAUUGUGAAAACACAGGAGGAAUUGAAAGAUCUUCUUAACAAGAUGGUGAAUUUAAAGGAGAAGAUUAAAGAACUUCAUCAGCAAUAUAAGGAAGCAUCAGAAGUGAAGCCACCUCGAGAUAUUACAGCAGAGUUCCUUGUGAAAAGCAAGCACAGAGAUCUGACUGCUCUUUGCAAGGAAUAUGAUGAAUUGGCAGAAACACAAGGAAAACUGGAAGAGAAAUUACAAGAACUUGAAGCCAACCCACCAAGUGAUGUUUAUUUGUCAUCAAGAGACAGGCAAAUACUUGACUGGCAUUUUGCAAACCUAGAAUUUGCUAAUGCUACACCCCUUUCCACACUUUCACUGAAGCACUGGGACCAGGAUGAUGACUUUGAAUUCACAGGCAGUCACUUGACUGUGAGGAAUGGAUAUUCCUGUGUGCCUGUAGCCUUAGCAGAAGGGUUGGACAUCAAAUUAAACACGGCCGUGCGACAGGUUCGCUACACAGCCUCAGGCUGUGAAGUGAUAGCUGUAAAUACCCGAUCUACUAGCCAGACCUUCAUUUAUAAGUGUGAUGCUGUGCUGUGCACUCUGCCCCUGGGAGUGCUGAAGCAGCAGCCUCCAGCAGUUCAGUUUGUGCCACCUCUUCCUGAGUGGAAAACCUCUGCAGUGCAGCGGAUGGGAUUUGGCAACCUGAACAAGGUUGUGUUGUGUUUUGAUCGUGUCUUCUGGGAUCCAAGUGUCAAUCUGUUUGGCCAUGUUGGGAGCACUACUGCAAGCAGAGGAGAACUUUUCCUCUUUUGGAACCUGUACAAAGCACCGAUUUUGUUGGCCUUGGUAGCAGGAGAAGCAGCAGGGAUCAUGGAGAACAUCAGUGAUGAUGUCAUUGUUGGUCGGUGCCUUGCCAUUCUCAAAGGCAUCUUUGGCAGCAGUGCUGUGCCCCAGCCUAAGGAGACCGUGGUGUCCCGCUGGCGCGCUGACCCGUGGGCCAGGGGGUCCUACUCCUACGUGGCUGCUGGAUCCUCUGGAAAUGACUAUGAUCUGAUGGCUCAGCCAAUUACUCCAGGGCCAGCCAUUCCAGGUGCUCCACAGCCCAUCCCCCGGCUGUUCUUCGCGGGCGAGCACACCAUCCGCAACUACCCGGCCACGGUGCACGGGGCGCUGCUGAGCGGGCUGCGCGAGGCCGGCCGCAUCGCCGACCAGUUCCUGGGCGCCAUGUACACCCUGCCGCGGCGG